UAUGAACUCUCUCUCUCUCUUCUGCUCGAGGUUUCUGCCUCUUAAAAGGCAGCAGCCAGGGCUUAAAAUGUAAUAUUUAAUGUUUUCUGUUUUGUCAUUCUCUAAUUACCCUUACUUUUAAGGCCCACAGCAAAGCAAGUACACAUUUUGAUUGUAAAAAGUCUAUCAACUGAUGCUUGAGUUAACUUCCCUCCCCAGUGCUGAAAAGGGACAGAUGAUGUCAUUCUCAAUAUUAAGUAGCCAUGUGCUUCUGAGCGCAUGGCUUAUUAUUAUUCAGAAUGAAGUCAUCAAACCACUUUUCUGUGUUAACCUCCCUAGCUGUAAACCAUAAACAGCUGUUUACCUUCUAACACUGCUCUCACAGUGUAGCCAGUUUCACUGAUUAUAGUGGAAGUGUAGUACAGCAUAGGACCCCCAGCAGUCAUGGCAUCCGACAGAUGUGUGGAUCUCACCCAAACUGUUAAUGUUGUACCAUACUGUGUGAUACAGAUGCGAAUUUAGCCCCUCGCAAAAAGAGACAUGUAGUGGGCGAUCUUGCAAUUGCUGCAUUGUCUGAAUUAAAAAUAUAAUUUGAGGGGUUCAAUGGGUAUUUUUACUCGGUUAAAUAUUGGGAUGGCAAAGUUACACUGCAUGCAGGGACUUGUGCAGGCGAUGGUUUUGCGGAUGAUGAAACAUGGCAUGGCUGUAUGUCUGUAAAAGGAAACUGUUUCGUUGUUUUGUACCUUGAUCAGUCUGGUUAUCCUGAAACACUUUAUAUGUCGCAAUGGACCAGCACUACAGGUCCUGCUACAUAUCGUGUUGAAGCAGAUCGUUUCAUUAGGCCAUCAGAUGAGUUUAUUUUUCUUAGUGUUUGUGAAGAUAGAGUGUAAUUACGUCCAGAGAACGUGAAGAACGGAGAUUACAUCCGUACUCUCUCACUCUUCAAGAAUAUACCUCAUGGUUUAAAAACAUGUUCUUUAUCCAGUGGUGCAAGUGGAGGACUCUGCAAAGAGUGUUUAGUGAAGUUGACGAAGCUAUCAAAAGAGAACGUUUCUUAUGAAUGUAUUAGAAAACGCCUUGUUUUUGUUGAAAUACCGACUGUUGUGCAAUCAGGCCUUCUGCCAUCCAUGUGUAGGCCGAAAAUCAGACACGCUGACUGCUAAUAACAAAUGAUAAACUCUGUUGAGCAGGUGGCUCGUUGGAACUCCGGGUCCUCCUCAAUCUCCGCUGGCCAGCACACGUCCGCCGCCGUCUCCGACAUCUCCCCAGUCCCCUCCAGAAUAUUUGGCAUGUCAGUUGCCCUGGUCACCUUCAUCAUCUCCGCAGCCCUUGGUACCUAUCGCCACCUUUAUCUCCGCCUCCACCAUCUCUGCUGUUCCAUGCACCUCCAGCAUCUCCACCACCCACUGACUUACAAGAGAGCUUUCUCAAAGUGGAAUUAUCACUGGUCACUUGUUUCUAAUGGAGACUUCAGGAAGCUCACCAGCGGCACAGAUGAAGCAGAAAAAAACAAGCCUAAAAUCAAAUUCAAAAUCAUUCCCCCUCCUCCCAAACUCAAACCGGUGCCGCCUCCGCCGCCGCCGCCCAAGAAAACAGCUUUAUCCAAACCUUGCAGGCCAAAACGCAAAGUAGAGGUGGAUGUGUUCAGGCUGUGCUGGAGAGAGUCCUGGAUGAGCCUGAAGCCUCCAAAGUAUCUUUAUCUAAAGGCCAAAGACUCGAAAAUCAGAAUCCCAGGAUUCACACCCAUAGAGCUGACUAACAACAGGAAUUACAAAGCAAAGGGGUACGGAUCAGAGGCUGAAUGGGCAUCUUGUGCUGAGAAAUGGAGUCACUCCUGGAAGCAGGUGAAGAGUCCUGCCCAGUUGGAGUGCUCUGAGGAAAAACAAUUCCAGUGGGAGAUUUUGGUUAAAAGAAAACUGGUUUGCAAAGCUGAGAUAGAAGUAUAUUCUCUUCCUGUCUGGGCCGGUACUUGGAAGAUCAUGAACUUUGCUUUCAGACAGCAGAAACAGAACUGGGAUCGUAUCUGGCCUGAUUACCAACAAAACCUUAGCAAUAAGUUUGACAAAGUACAACAACUAGAGGAGCAGGAUGAGCCCUCAGACUGGGAGGAUUCAUGGAAACUGUCCAGGGCAGAACUUGAACCAAAAGACACCACAGUUGACGAGACAGUAACUGCAAGCUCCUUCAACACUGAAACCACAGUGAUGAUGAGGAUAAAUGAUGUGUUCCUGCCCGGAUGGAGUUACUCCUGGCUGCUCUCUGCAGCUCCUCUGGAGGAAGAAGAAGAACAUCACAAGAACUGGAGCUCCUGCUGGGGAUACAGCCAGCAGAUCAGGUGGUGCAAGGCUUCACUGGAGUCCCAUCAUCGACACAGUGACAUGCUGACUAGGAGACGUAAAACUACGCACCUCUUCCUCACAUCACUGCUGGACACUGAGAUCACAGAGUGGACGGAGGCCUGGAGGACCCCUAAAGGAUGGAUCAAACCAGAGGAGGACGAACUGAAUGAGAGGCAGGCAGAGGGAGAAGUGGAGAAGAUGAUGGAUGACACAGAGGAGGAGGAGGAUGAAGGAGUGGUCAAUGAGGAGGACAAAGAAGGAGAUGAGGAGAAGGAAGAUGUUGAUGAAAAUGAGGAGGACAAAGAAGCAGACAAGGAGGAGAGCUACAAAAAAAUACACAAGCAGAAAGAAGACAAAAAAAUGAACAAGAAGGAUGAGGAGGAUGACGGAGUAGAGGAGGAGGAGGAGGAGGAAGAAGAGGACAAUAUAGUACACAAGGAGAAGGAUGCAGAAAACAAGAAGGAUGAGGAGGAUGAAUCACGUAAGGAAGUGGAGGACAAAGAUGUGGAUAAGGACGGGGAAAGUGAGGAAGAGGGCGAAGAGGAGGACAAAGAGGUAGACAAGGGCUCGGAGGAGGAGGAAGAAGAUGUAAAGGAGGAGGAUGAAGACAUUGAAGUGCAUAAGGAGGAGGAAGGGGAUAAGGAGAAGGAGGCAGAACAUAAGGAGGAGAGAGACAAAAACAUUAACCAAAAUGGUGAGGAGGAUGAAGAUGAAGAGGACAAAAAACCAAGCAAGGAUAAGAAAGAUGAAGAAGUAGACAAGGAGGAUGAGGAUGAAGAAGUAGAUGAGGAGGAGAAGAAGGAGGACACAGAAGCAAAAGAAAAAGAUAAGAUGAACAAAGUAAAUAAGGAAGAGGAGGAAGACAACGAAGUUGAGCAGGAGGAGGAGAAUGAAGAAGUACACGAGGAGGACAAAAUUCCAAACAAAACGGAUGAGGAGGAUGAAGUAGACAAGGAGAAGGAGGACGAAGAAAAAGACAAGAACAAGGACAAAAACAUAGAGAAGGAGGAAGCAGAAGACAAAGGCUUAGACAUGGAAAAGGAGAACGAAGAAGUCGAGGAGAAAGAGGAGGAUGAAGAAGUUAAUGAAAAGGAGGAGGAGAAUGAAGUAAAGGAGAAGGAAAAAAAUGUAGACAAGGAGGUCAAGGAUAAAGAAGCAGACAAAGAGGAGGAGGAUGAAGAAGUAGACGAGAAGGACGAGGAGGAAGAGUUAGACAAAGAAUGGGAUGAGAAAGAUAUAGACAAGGAGGAGGAAGAGGUGGAUGAAGAACUAGACGAAAAGGAGGACAAAGUAGACAAUGAAGUGAAAAACAGAGAAGUAGUUGAAGAGGAAGAUAGUGUAGUUCCGGGACGGGGAUAUGAAGAGGUAGAAGAAGAGGAGGAUGAGAAUGAAGCAGACAAUGAGGAGGACAAUGAAGAAGUGGACAAGGAGGAUGAUGGCAACGUAAAUGAGGAGGACAAAAAGGAUGAAGACAAAAAAGUAGACAGUGAGGAGGAGGAGGAUGAAGAAGCAGACGAGGAGGAGGAGGAUGAAGAAGUGGAUGAGGAGGAGAUUGACAAAGAAGACCCUGGAGUAGAGGAGAUGAAGGUCAAAACUGAGGACGACGACGACCAUGAGAAAGAGGAGGACAACAAAGUAGAAGAAAAGAAACCAAUCAAAUGCAAACCUGAUGUCCCAUUCCAUCUGCAGUUCCAUAAAUUGAACGCCUCCUUCUCCUCCUGGAAGCAGUCGUGGAUGGUGGCGGUAGCUCACAGAGGAGAUGAGGAUGAAGACGAGGAGGAGGAGGAAGAGGAGUGGUGGACUUGGAAAGAGUCGUGGAGGAUUUGUCGCUGGAAGAAGCCGGACGAGGACAAGGUGGUGUAUUUCUUCACCGAGCACCGGAGUCAGAGAUACAUGGGACUGAUGCAUGAUGAAGACGGUAUGCCAAAGAGUGAAUGGACUCCGAGUUGGAAGAUGUCCAAGACUGCAGAAAAGGAUGCAAACACUGAAGAAGAGGAAGCGAAAGAGGAACAUUGAAAUGUUCUGAUAGUCCUAUAUUUAAAAAUGUCAAUGGAGCUACAGCCACAGGCCUGACCAAAUCCAGGAGAAAGUAGAUGGAAAAACCACAAAAAAAGUAUUUAGCAAUAUUUUUUGUAGGGUAAUAUCCAGGCGAAAUUUGGGAGGUACAUGUAUCACCCCAAAACAUGCAGAAACGCCUCUUGGACCCAUACCCUAAACCCAACAGGAAGUCAGCCAUUUUUAAUUGAAUGUGCACUUUUCGGCAAUUUUUCGCCAUUUACAGGCUCCGUGCUUUAACGAACGCCUCCUACAGAAUUCAUCAGAGAGACUUAAAAUUUUCCCAGUGCUAUCUAAAGACUUUCACCAGUAAAAGUUGUCCUAUCUGUGAGUUUUUGUUGAAGGGCGUGUCCGUGGCGUUGAAUUUUGAUGUUUCCUGAAGAAACAGGAAGUUGCUGUAACUUCAGUGUACAUGGUCAAAUCUGCUCCAAACUUCACAUGGUUGAUAAGAGUCCCGGCCUGAAGACAUCUACAUGCCAAUAUUCUGUCAGUCAUAGUGCCACCUAAAGGCAACAGUAAAACAAAGUUUUAUACUUUGAUGUACUCCCCCUAGCAGGUUGCCCAGAUCCACCUCACAUUUUGACAGAAAAGCAUUGACCUUGAUGAUACUAUAUUGUGAAGCUUGUGAGUUUUCAUUGAAUGGUGAGUCCGUGGUGUAGCGUCAAAUGCUGAUGUUUUGCCAUGACAGAGGAAGUUGUUGUAACUUGAGUGUACAUAGUCAAAUCUGUCCCAAAUUUCACGUUUGAUAUGAGUACCGUCUUGAAGACAUCUAAUGGCCAAUAUUAAAUAUUAGUCUUAAGUGCCACCUACAUGCAACAGGAAGUUAGCCUUCAACGAAGUAGCCCCCGCGGAAUGUUUCACUUAGAUGUACGAAAACUGGCAACCUGAAGUAUCAUC